AUGUCAGUGGCACCAAAAGACAUCAUGAACUUUGUAUGUCUCCUUUCCUCUCUGACUCAUGACUUCAAGAAGCGACAAAAGGGAGAAAAGAAGAUCACUUUUGAACAUGUGGUGCCCAGUUGUGUCAUUGAAAUGGGAAAGGAGUCAAGGGUGCACUCUGGUGAAAGGAUACUCAAGCGUGCUAUCCGCAAUACAUUGGAUCCUGGAACGCAACGGGUGGACAGUGCCAAGUUCAUCUUUGGUUAUUUUCAAGGCGACCCUUGCCUAGUUGUUCUGGACCAUAAAGUGAAAGCAUCUAUGCGGAAUGCUGAAUACUCAGUCGAGUGUGCUUUCACUGCAGAACAUCUUGUUGCUAGUGCAUGCAAAUGCAAAGCUGGAUGUAGGAACAGAUCCUUGGCAAAUUUGGGAACUCAGCGAGUAUUUUGCACCCUCGGGCUGUUUCCACUUCUUCAACUAUCACAUCUUUUGUUUACCUUUUUGGCAGAACACUUGCUAUAUGAACUGCGAAUACGAUUGGGGAGGGAUGAAGAAGCUUUCUCUCGAUUGGACAUAGAAGAUAGAACGAGAAAGGUUCAGAGUGUUGGAAUUGCUCUCUUGGAGACCAUUCAUUGGAAACUCCUUGAUAGAAGCAGUUCGACACGUCCGAUCGGACAGACGGACAAAUGUCCGUUUGGUCCGUUUAUUCGGGGGAUUCCUAUGAGU